AAAGUAGUAUGGUUGUUUUUGGAAACUUCCGAGUACCUGUAGGAAAUUUACUCCCAGUAUGGCUCAUGAUUUUUACGGUCUUGUUUCUUCUUGAUAUAAUGUUGAUCUUCUCGUGUAGAAAUAGCAAGAGAUGAAAUUACUUUAUACAUUUUCAGCAAGAAAUUUGCAUUUAGAGAUAUCGAUUUAGAUAAAUUGUAGGCUUUGAAAGAAGAGUAAUAUUUCAGUGCAUCAUGUUGUACUCAUCUUUAUGCAGCUCACUCUAAUGACACACAAAAAGAAAGUUCAAAAGAAAGAAUAGUUUGCAGCAUGGUAAGCUGUGAUUGAACAAUUGAGUGGAUUGCAUCAAAAUGAGUGCAUUCCGAGAGAUGUACUUAAGUGUUUUUUUUUUUUUUUUGAAAGAAUGGCAACUGAGAACAAGUUUGCUACUUGAGGAAUUGGAUCGAAUGGUGAAACAUCUAGUUCAAUUUACCUUCAACUCAAAUAUGUGUCGACUAAUGAUAAAGCUCCCAAUUGUGUAAUUUCUGGCGAAAUUUUUGGCACAAGGAUACCACAAAGCUUAUGUUAUGCUAUUAUAGUGAUGUAGGAUAGACGGAAUUCCUUCUCCCAAGAGCUGUAGCUGAUAUAAGAGCUUUUUGGACUUUGAACCCAUUUCUUCAAACUUCAAAGACAUUGCUUAUAAAACCAAUUGUGCCUAUCAGUACCAACUAGCCCGAGGAAAAUAUCCAAGGGCACACUUUCAUAUUCAAGUGAUGGAUAAUAGUUAGGAAAAUUUAUAGGGUAGAAUAGAUGUGCUGAUUCUUCAUAAAGUUGCCAUUAAUUAGAGAAAGUUCACUUUGUGCCCACAUGUUCUAGUGAUGCCUGCAUCAUUAUCCUUUUCUUAGGAAAAAAAACUCACUCUACAGUGCACCCUAUCAGACUUGAAUCGUGGACCAUGAUGUGCCAAGAUUAUGCUAUUUGAUGUAGGACAUUUGAACCAAUUCUCUCAAAAGUUAUUGCCCUUCUUCACAUCACUCAUGACCAAGUACGAGAAUAAUCAAAGCCUUUUCUGUUUGGACCCAUCUACUUAGGAGCAUCGCGCAUGAACCGCUGGUGUGUAGUCAAUAAGAGGGAGAACGUAUUUUUCAAAUGGACCUCUCAAGGUGAUGGAUGAAGCCACUUCAAACUUAUUUGCCAUACAGCUGAUUGAAUUUUCAGCAUUACGGUAUGUAGUUCAGUACCACUACAUUCAUCCCUAGCCUCAACCGAGCUAUUCAAUGAUCUAUUGAGCUCAUCUACAUUCUUGCUUAGACUUCUUUUCUACUUAUUUUCUAUAGCUCAUCGAAAGCAUUGAUCACGUCUCUUAGUAUUUGGGGUAUUAUACUCCCAACUAGUUGCUUGCGUGAAGUCUGUUGGCAAUUGGCAUUCAAAAUUUUAAGCCAAUGGUGAAAUUUUUUCAAUUAUUUGUCUAUUCCAUUCUUUGUGUCGAGAAGAGGGUCAUUGUCAGAGAAUCCUAACCUUGAUUUGAAAUGAUUUGAAAUGAUUUGUAGACAUAAUGAGCAUUUGAUUUGAAAAUAACUUGGCAGGGCGCUUUAACUCAGCACUGCUGCAAUGCUACAGGUUAUGUAAUUUUGCCGCGUUUAGGGGUAUCAGGUUGCUUGGCUUGGCGUUUUGGUUUAUUCGAUUGCAUAAUUAUGUGGUAUGGUUUCAAUAAUGUUCAGUCCACAUGCAGCAAAAGGGAAGUUUGGCAGCUGUCUGUGGGUCAGCGUUGUUUGUAGUGAUUAUUUGAACUUAUUAUAUGGUUUUAGCGCUUCUUGCGGAACGUUUUCAAAUUCUAGAUUUGACGUUUCCUUUUAUUUUUUCUUCAAAUUCUCAGAACAGUGCUUUUCUGUUGAUUUUGGUGGCCUCUUUAUGCUGAAAAUGGUCUUUUUGUUGGCUAAUUACUGGAAAGAUUUGCCUUUACAUUUGAUUUGUUUCUUUAUGAGAAUUUAUAAAUACUCCGGAGGGUCAAGUCAUUUGAGUUUUGUUCUAUUGUAAAUGUAGAAGUAUACUUCGUUAUAUUGUAGUAAGGUUCUGGACUAAAGAACUUGUACCUUCAAUACCAAAAUGAAUUUAUUCUUUUAAUUAGUGAAUUUUGCUUCUAUUCAAUUCUUGUCUUUUAACAGCGUCAAUCAAUUUCUGAUAGCAUUAAUAAUUGAUGAGUCUUGACUAAAUUGGUUGGAUAUGAUGAAAUACUGGACAUGCUAUUGAUUAUGCUCUCUUGACAUUUUGGGUUUUUGUGACAAAAAUUAAAUUUCGUAGCAAAGUUUUCUUUUUUAGAAAGUUCACAAAUUUUCCAGUAUAUGCCAACUAAAUUUAUAACGUUUUGACAAAUUAGAUUCUUGAAUUUUUAUAUUUAUUUUUAAAGUUUAUUAGUGUUUUAUAGGCCAGCAUUUGUUAUAUUCAAUGUCUUUUAAGAUUCAUGGGCUAUUUAGGCAUAAAAUUAGAUAGUAAGAGUUCCAUGUUUUAUAAGUUUAUAAUUUUUUUUAAACAUGUUUAACAUGAUAAGGAACAUCCUAUACAAAGUUAAAAGUUAGAUAACUAAAUUUAAUCGGAAAAUAGUCAUAAUUAACGAUAAUUAACCUAUACUCUUUCUGAAAAAAAAAAUUGAGAAUUCACCAGUCACCACAUGCUAUCUUAGCCUUCAAAACCAAGCCAUGUGAGAGACAUACAUGCAAAAUGCAUUAUAUAAUGUUAAUGUGGGACCCCAGCACCGACACUCCACACUCUUCUUCUGUUUUUUUUUUUUCUUUCUUUAAAUUCUCUCUAAUAACAAAAAAUACUGUGUUGUUGUACUAGUAGCAUUGCCCCCAUUCUAAUAUUUUUCCCUCCCAUUUUUUAAUUUUAAUUUUAUAAUUUUCUUUUGCGGCUAAGACUCGUCUUCUUAGUUCUUCUAACCCACUGUUUUCUUGCUCUUCCUGUAUCCCACUUUAAAUACUCCCCCAUCCGGCCAUCCCCAUCUCAUCACCUUCAAUACCCAUCACCAUCUCUCCUCUUAAAUCUCAUAAUCCAAACCCAAAUCCAAAAAUGCUUCCUCUAACUUCACCUUUCUUUGCACUCUCUGCAUUCUUCUGCUUCUUCUCCACCGUUUCUGCUGAAAAUCCCUACCGCUUCUUCACCUGGAAUGUCUCCUACGCCAACAUUUACCCUCUCGGCGUUCGCCAGCAGGGAAUACUCAUCAAUGGCCAAUUCCCUGGCCCUGACAUCCACUGUGUCACCAAUGACAACCUCAUCAUCAAUGUCUUCAACAGCUUGGACGAGCCCUUCCUCAUUUCCUGGAACGGAAUUCAACAGAGAAGAAAUUCAUACGAAGACGGUGUUUAUGGAACAACGUGCCCAAUCCCUCCCGGGAAGAACUUCACGUACAUUCUCCAAGUCAAGGAUCAGAUCGGCAGCUUUUACUAUUUCCCUUCUCUUGCCUUCCACAAGGCCGCCGGCGGUUUCGGUGGCAUCAGAAUCCUCAGCCGCCCUCGGAUUCCCGUCCCCUUCCCCGAUCCCGACGGCGAUUACACCGUUCUCAUCGGCGACUGGUACAAGUCCAAUCACACGACCCUGAAGGCUCAUCUGGAUCGUGGUAAGAAGCUUCCAUUUCCAGAUGGAAUCCUCAUCAAUGGCCGUGGCAAUGAUACCUCUUUUAGCGUCGAACAAGGAAAAACUUACAGGUUGAGAAUUUCAAAUGUGGGGCUGCAGCAUUCCCUCAACUUCCGAAUUCAAGGUCAUAAAAUGAAGCUUGUAGAAGUGGAGGGAACACAUACCCUUCAAACGACCUACUCCUCACUCGACGUUCAUGUUGGUCAGUCUUACUCUGUGCUUGUCACGGCUGAUCAGCCAGCUCAGGACUACUACAUUGUCGUCUCCACUCGCUUCACUUCUCGGGUGCUCACUACCACUGGCAUUCUUCGUUACAGUAACUCUGCUGGCCCUGUCAAAGGUCCUUCUCCUGGCGGUCCAACAAUACAGAUCGAUUGGUCCCUCAACCAAGCGCGCUCUAUCAGGACCAAUCUUACAGCCAGUGGACCAAGGCCAAACCCACAAGGGUCAUAUCACUAUGGUCUCAUAAACACAACCAAAACCAUCAUACUUUCCAAUUCUGCUGGUCAAGUCAACCGCAAACAAAGGUAUGCGGUUAACAGUGUGUCGUUCAUCCCUGCUGACACUCCCUUAAAACUUGCGGACUUCUUCAAAAUCGGAGGGGUUUUUCGCGUUGGAAGCAUCUCUGAUAGGCCUACCGGUGGAGGAAUCUACCUCGACACAUCCGUGAUGGGUGCAGACUAUAGAGCCUUUGUUGAAAUUGUGUUCCAAAACAAUGAGAACAUUGUCCAAAGUUGGCAUAUUGAUGGCUACUCUUUCUUCGUGGUUGGCAUGGAUGGAGGCCAAUGGACGCAGUCUAGUAGAAACCAAUACAAUCUUCGGGAUGCAAUUGCCCGUUGCACGACUCAGGUAUACCCUUACUCAUGGACUGCAAUUUACGUGGCCCUCGAUAACGUGGGGAUGUGGAAUGUGAGGUCGGAAUUUUGGGCAAGACAGUAUCUUGGACAACAAUUCUACCUCCGUGUCUAUACGCCAUCGACUUCGCUCAGGGACGAGUUCCCCAUUCCAAAGAACGCUCUUCUGUGUGGCAGGGCUAGUGGUAGACACACUAGACCGCUCUAAAUCAGUAGCCAUUCCAAAUACUUAGACCCCCGCCCAAACAAGGUAGUUAAAGUCUAUCUUAGCUUUAAUAUAUGAUGAAAAGCAAGGCCUCUUUGUUUUCAUAUUGUUGUAACCAGGAACUAUAGUUAUAACCGCCCGGUCCUCCAAUCGACCCCAGCUCGGGGUUGGGUCACAUUCUUUCGCAAGAUAUUAUUCGAUAUCCUUACCCAUUUAGUCAUCUCUUCUUUAUGAUAUUGUUACCUGUCAACGUUCGUUAAUAUCAAGAUUUGCUUUUGAGGUGUGGAUAGAAGAAUCUAUCAAUCCAGAAUAACAUGAGAAUCUCGCGUAA